AAUGACAAAUUCAUACUGCAAUCGAAUGAAACUUGAAAUUGCUUCGAAAACCUUUUGGAGAGAUAUUUUCGCCGAAUUCUUGGCAACAUUUCUUCUCUUGGCUUGCAUAUGUGCGAUUAGUUUAAAUUUUGAGAAAGAUACAAAAUCUACUCCCCUUGAGUGUGGUUUAAUUGUUGGUUUAGCAGUUGCAUUUCUAGUAGAAAGCUUCGGACAUUUGGGAGGAGCUCAUCUAAAUCCAGCAGUAACAUUUAGCUUUGUUCUAUUUAAGAAUAUAACGAUAUUAAAAGGAAUAUGUUAUACUUUUUCACAAUGUAUGGGUGCUGUAGCUGGUUCGUUUUUCAUUAGAUUUAUGACACCUAUAGAAAAAAUAGGUAAUCUAGGAGCAACCGUUCCUGCAGUCGACGUUCCUACUUGGAAAGCUUUGAUAGUGGAAAUGUGGGUAACUGGCCAGUUGGUAUUUGUCAUUUUGGCAAGCACUGAUGAUCAUCGUCGAAAGGUUCGAAUGCCAGCAUUACCUGUAGGCUUUUCUGUGACAGUUGGUAUUUUAACGGGGUGGAAUUAUAGUGGCGGUAGUUUAAAUCCUGCAAGAACAUUAGGCCCUGCGGUUGUACGAGGAAUUUGGGAAAGUCAUUGGAUCUAUUGGUUGGGGCCCAUAGGUGGAUCAGGAUUGGCAACUGUAUUCUAUAGAUUUUUGCUACGAAAGGCCGUUAACACUCCUGAGGUCGAUGAAAGCGGAAUGAGGUCAAAUAUACCGGAAAUAGAACCCUUGAAACGUGACUUAAAUAAGAGUGAACUUGAUGAUUGA